CAUUGUGAGCUUGAUUCAGUGUUACCUUCACAUUAGGGUUUAUUUUUGAAAAUAUAUAAAAUAAACCUGAGAGGAUUAUCCCAGUGCGCUGUAUGAACACUGUGGAUGGACUUCAGUAGGCUUGUUGCUAUUUUUUGUGUUUAUUUGUUUAUGCUUUUAUUGCUUUGAGGAGCAGCUAAUGACUGACAUUAGCUAGCGACUUGUCUUAUUAUUAUAAGUAUAUACAAAUUAUGAUUUUGUUAGAUUUAAAUUUCCAUGCAAAAGCGACUGUGAAUGCAAAGUGAACAUUAUUCCAAGUAUAUCGAUUAAGACACAUCAGGUUGAAAACAUCUGGGAAUGUUCAGGAACGAGUAUCAGGGUGGCGCCGUUGUGGAGGUGUUCAGUGCUCAAGGAAAAGAUCCUGUGGCAAAAUGGAAACUUAGCGGGCAGCUGUCAAUAAAUAAGAUAUUCGAUAAAGAAAUGAAAGGUUUUGUGUACAGUCUGGAAGGCAGCAGUCAAACACACAGGAUGCAUUUACCCAAAGAUGGCAAGACACCUCUUGCCCUCAUACAGAGGUUCCUGGUCCUGCAGGUGAAUGUUCCUCUUGGGAAAGAUUUCACAACUGAGCUUCUUGUAACAGAUCAAGGGCACUUAAAGCGAAGGCUCUACUUGUCCACUGUCCAUAAGGAGUUCUCAGCUACCCCAUUGCAUGCCAGGAUACCACUUACCUGUCUCAGACGAAAGAUUUGGUGUAACCUUUGUAUUGACCUGGGCUCAUUCACCGCUGAGUUGUUCCGGGGAGCCGCGUUCCUGUCUCUGGAUGGCAUUAUAAUCUCAGCCUGCUGUAAAGUCAGGCGCAUCUUCACCAUGAGGACCGAACCUGCAGACCAUAUGGACCGAGAUCCUUAUGACAUAAGAAUUUAUCCCAAAGAGGAGAUUCCUAAAAGCUGCCAGUUUCCUUCCGAGGUUCAGCACAUUACACAGCUAAUGAAUAUGGAGAGACUGAGACAGGCUGAUCAGAGAAGUGAAUCUAUCAGUGCAGAAUCUGAACAGCUGAGCACCGAAAAAGUGUCUAGGGGUCCUAAAACACAGGACUGUUCUCAUAUUGCUUUUGGUUCGAAAGUCACAGGACGCCCUGCACUCACUGCAAGAAAGGGCAGUUCGUUACCAAAUGUGACUGAACACAAAGCUUAUUCAGGAAGAUAUGGAAGAAGAAAGGCACAACCACCAGUUGAGCAGGCAUCGGCUGAAAAAACAGGGUCUGGGAGGCCAAAGUGGAUUCCUAAUGCUGGGAAAGAGAAAAAGCCUGCACAUCAGUCGUGUAGUUCAUCUUCUCCUGAGCCAAUUUCGAAACCUUUAGAAUGCCAGUCUUCAUCUGAGCCACUUUCUGAUUUGCAUAUUCUUGAGAAUGGAAAUAAUUCUACCAGAUGGACAUCAACUCCACUCAGUCUGGAUGAAGCUGAAAAAGAGGAUGGAGAGGAGAUUUUUACUUUUUCUUCAUGUCCUCACUCAGCCAAAAGGAGUCAGAUUUUCAGUGAGGCCUCUCAGGGUUUAUCUUCUUACCUUAACUAUGAUGACCAGGGGUGGGAAGGAGAUCGGAAAGAGGCAUGUUUGGAGGAUGACUUUAUUGGAAGUGAGGGUGAAGAGGAUCAGACCUUAUUUGGAUUCCUCUCUCAGAGAUUUUCAGCACACACCAGUCCUGCUCCUCCUACCCUGGCUUCUGUUUCCAUUCCCAGAUCUACCUCUUCACCCAGCCGUUGUUCUGAAACAUCUAAGGCCUCUACUGUUACACCUACAUCCACACAGUCUUCCUCAGAGGGGUCACGAAGGACUGAGAUGGUGUGUGUGGCACCUACCCGCUGUCUCUCACCUUGCCCUGGCAAACUGCGGAACAGACAGGAACACUCUGGACCUGAGCGGAACAGGCCUGAUGGAAAUAUGAGGACAUCCAUUAAUAGGACAUCUGUUCGAGAAAUCCCCCCCGAGGAAGUGAAGCUCCACAAGGUGAGGGAGAGCAUGAGGAGGAUGCCUGUAGGCUCCAGCACAUGUGAUUUAUCUAGGAGAGCAGAGCAGGGGGAGGAUGAGGAAGAAGAGCUGCGGAUGUUAGCCAGUCUAAAAAGACAGCAGGAUGAGGAGGGUGGGACUUGUGAUUCCGGCCUCAGUGCUUCACAGGUCCAGCAGUGCAAUGUCAGCCUGAGUAUGAGCAGUGAUGACACUUCUACAUGGACCCAGUGUAUCCCUCUAGCAUCUGAACAGGGCCAGUUCUACCAAAAAGAGAUGAAUCCACUUCUCUACUCUAAUCCCAGGGAAUGGAUAGAUGUUCUCAGCCCUCCAAUAAUUCACCCCAAACAACAGCAGACUGGGAGCAAAGGAGACCAGAGCAACUUGUCCACUAAAGGGUCUGUGACUGAGCAGAACUGCAGCGAGGAUGAGUUUCUCAGUCUGCUCUAUGAUUCAUGUCUGAACUGUUACUUUGAUCCUCAGACUGGGAAGUACUAUGAGCUGAUCUAAGUUCAAUGAAAUGAAGAAGACUGAUUCAUACAGUUUGACAAAACAAUAUUUCACAUAACAUGAAAACAGGCACACAAAGUUUUAAAACGCUUUUGAUUUAAGAUAUACAUAUAUAUCGUAUUUAGGUUAUUUUAUUCAUAAUUCAAGGUACUAGCUAUUAUAAUAAAAUAACAAUUUAAAUGAUAUAAAUUAUAUAAAACUAAACUAUUUUAAACUAAAACAGUUCAAAUGUUUUUUUGUUUUUUUUUUAUAUAUCAAUGUUACUUAAUAACUGCAUAUUGUGUUCAAAGUGCUCCAAGUAACAAACAGUUAUUUUGGAUAUAUAUUUCCUCCAUGUGUUUU